AUGAAUAGUCUAUCGAAAUCAAAAUAUUCUUUGAUAUCAUCAGAGAGUCGGAAACGACUGUUUGGCUGUGAUUUAGAUGAGUUACAGAUGUUUUACACAGAUUUUGUUUUACCGCUUUUCAUAGAGAAGUCACUAAUAUUUUUAUCUCAAAAGGGAGUCAAUAGUAUUGGUAUUUUCCGCAAAUCUGGUGUUAAGUCUCGUAUUCAAACUCUUAAAGAGGAAGUAGAAGAGGGUAUUGAUAUUGACUUUUCCACUGUCUGUGUCUAUGAUAUUGCAGAUGUCGUUAAAUUGUGGUUUAGAGAGAUUGUCGACCAAAAAACUAAUAAAACUAAACAACUAAUAACUCAACAAAUUAUAAGUUCAUUCAAACAAAAUAAAAAAGAGUUUACUUUAUGUAUGGUUCCGGACACUCAAAGAGCUAUUCUUCAAAUUAUUCUUAGAUUUUUAGCACUAAUUGCAAACAACUCUAAAGUUAAUCAAAUGAAUUGUCAUAAUUUGGCCAUUUGUUGGACACCAUCUCUAUGUGAAUGUGAUGGCGAUCAACAACUUUUUGACGCUCAGAAAUGUCUUGAAUUUUGUAUAAAUAAUUGCGAAAUACUAUUUUUGGUAUCACUUAAUGCCUACUCGUUGUUGACUACAUUGGAAGACAUAUCCCUUCCUCGUAAACAUGAGGCUACAGCUGUCAUCGAUUGCGGUCCCAAUGAUAUUCUUAAUCGAAUUCUUUAUGAGAGACAUUUGAUUGAUGUCACUAUCAUUGAGUGGAGUAUUGGUGACGAAACAACACAAAUGAGCGAUACUUUUAUUGUAAGACUACAGACGAGUGCUUUUUUACCGAUUAAGACAAUGAUUAUUAAGAGGAAUUGGAGGAUCAAUAGUCUUAAUAAUAUAGAAGUCAUAGAAAGUGGUUAUCUCUAUGAAUCGCGUUGGUCUCUAACGGCUAACGGCGAGGGAAGGACUCUCGUCGCUCAUAUGAUUGCCACUGACUUGAGAGGACAUUCCUAUGACUGGUAUAACACAACAUUCCUUGCAAUACAUAACAAUCAAUUGCAUCGAUUGUCGCAGUCAUUCCUCGUCAACACUAAUGAAAUACAAGUAUCAGUUAUUUGAUGAAACUUUUGACAGAAUCCUUGAUUUUAUGACACGAUUUUGUUUUAAAUGAGUUUUAUAUGAAUACUAUUUUUGAUAUAUAACACGAAAUGAAAGCAUUAUAUAAUAAUAAUUAUUAUUGAAUUAGUAUUAUAAUUAC